AUGUGGCGGUGGUCCGAGGAGCAGGAUGGCCUCUUGGACAUGCCUCAAGAGCUUACAUUGCCCGGAGUGGAUGGCCAUGAAGAGCUGACAAUCCCAAACAGCUGUCCCACGCAUCUGACUCACAAGUGGUACCACCAGCAUUGCCAGAUGGUACCGGCAUGGCACCACCGGCAGGUGAUGCAAAAGUUUCUGCGGCCAUACUUGGGCCAGACUCUUGCAGACCUUGCGAAUGUUCCGCAGUUAUCUGCAUCUGACGAUGUUCUAACAAUCCACUUGCGUGCCGACGAUAUUGGACGGUAUCCCAGGUAUGAGUGGGGCCAGCCGCCCUGCAGCAUGUAUCAGAAAAUUAUCUCCGACCGCGGUUACAAAACCUUGAUGAUCGUAGCGAAGGGCAAGCAUGCUGCUUGUGACAGCUGGUUGGUAGACUAUGGGCGUGUGCAUGGCAUCACCGUCAGCCGGUCGAGGGAUACAACAGUGGCUGGUGAUUUGGCAACGUUGUUUCGUGCGAAGCAUUUGGUGCUGUCCUUCUCAAGCUUCUCGCUGUCAGCCGCGCUGCUGAGCAACGACUUGCAGGUGAUGUACCGGCGGCGUGACGCGAAAUGGUACAGCAUAUUGCAUGCCAUCGUGAACUGCAAUGUGUGGACUGGCGUUACCCUGUACGAGUACAACACAAGCUUGCAAAUAGAACGAACAGGUUCGCCAAGAGAGUGGCUGAGAAACUUUCCCUUGGAGCGAAUCACUGGGCCAUUUACUUGCCAACACGGCAGUGAGAUGCAGCCAGAGAUAUGA